UAUUCAGUAUUGACGUGUUUGUUAAACUAAAGUUAAAAUGACUGGUCGCGGCAAGGGAGGAAAGGGGUUGGGAAAAGGAGGAGCCAAGCGCCAUCGUAAGGUACUUCGUGAUAACAUCCAGGGAAUCACCAAGCCUGCUAUCCGUCGUCUCGCUCGUCGUGGUGGUGUCAAACGUAUCUCCGGUCUGAUCUACGAAGAGACUCGUGGUGUUCUCAAGGUGUUCCUUGAGAACGUCAUCCGUGAUGCAGUUACCUACACCGAACACGCCAAGAGGAAGACCGUUACGGCUAUGGAUGUGGUCUACGCACUGAAACGUCAAGGACGUACUCUCUAUGGAUUUGGAGGUUAAACGCAGUUCAUUCAUUGAACUACUUGAACAUCAAACGGCCCUUUUCAGG